AUGGACUCAGUCCUAUCAAAUUCUCAGGGAGCUCGCUCCCAAUCUCAGAUCCCAUCGGAUCAAAUCACUUCGGAUGUCAGCAGUGCCAAAACUGCAGACACAUCGAAAAACCCGAUCACCUCGCCAACUGGCAGCAGCCAAACUGCUAGUAGAUCGAGCGUCCUGAUCGAUCCGGUUAUCACCUCCGCGGCAGCGAACUCGAAUGUUCCAGCCCGCGUGAAACCAUCGGUGAUCAACCUCGUCACUCCUGUGACAGCCGAGAACUCGAUUCUACCGAAUCAGAUCUCGCACGCAAUUGAGAAACCUCAUUUGCGGAGUUCGGGUCAAAUCUAA